AUGCCUGCCGAGUCGAAGAAACGACCUGAACCUCCUUCCGAAGCCGCACAGCGUCCGCCGAAGCGCUCCCGCGUCGACCCUCUGCCUGGCAACCCUCUCUUCUUCUACCGAGAACCGAAGGACACCAUCCAGAUCUCGACAUGGAAUGUCGCCGGCCUCGAGUCGUGCAACGCCGAGAAGUGGAAUUUCGGUUUCCGCUUGUAUGUCGAGGCAGAGGAUCCGCACAUCCUUGCCAUCACCGAGGUCAACGAGAAGGACGCCGAGGCUGUCUUCGAGUCGCAUCCGAACUUUGAGUUUCUCCGAGCGCGAUAUCCGUACCGGUACUGGUCGCACAGGGUCGCCGUUGUCAGCAAGCUCGAGCCUCUCGCUCCACCUGUCUACGGCUUUCCCGAAGGCAAGAAGUACGAUCCGGAGGAUGCGCGCGCUCGCGCAAUUACGCUCGAGUUCAAAGAGUGUUUUCUGCUUGCCACCUACGUCGUGAACGCUGGCGCCGAGUUCAAAAGCCUCGACAAGCGAAAAGACUGGGCGGCCGACUUCGAGCCGUACAUCCGCAGCCUCGACGCGAAAAAGCCGGUCAUCUGGACAGGCGACUUCAACGUGAUUCGAACGAUCACGCCCGACACAACCGAGUCGAACGAUUUGCAGUGGGGAGCGCAGGUGUUCGGCAAGUACUCAGGAACGAGUCAAUUCGAGCGCGAUGCGCACGAGCGACUGUUGGGCGAUCAGCCAUGGCUUGAGAACCCGAGACGGCCUGGUCCGAAGUUCGUGGACGUGUGGCGCUUGAUCAAGGGCGAGAAAUGGCGGCAGUAUACGCACUCGAGCAAGAAGGUCGGAGGCUGGCGUCUGGACGGCUUCAUUGUCUCCGAGCGCUUCCUGCACAACGUCCGCAAGUGCGAGAUCCGGCAAGAGGUCAAGAGGCAGUUCUGGCCACCGAAGGACAGCGUCGGAAAGGGUGCGCUGUCAGAUCACUGGCCCGUUUGGCUCAGCCUCGAGAUGGAGGAGCUGUAG